AUGCUGUGCCGCGCCGGACCCUCCCGGCUGCACCCCGUCGCCCUCGCCGUCCCUGCACCGCCUCGCCCUCGCUGCCUCGCCCUCGCACCUCGACCUCGCGCGCAACAGCGGACACCUGCGCGCGCUGCCACCUACUCGACUACGACGCUCGCCUCGUCCUGGCGCCACCGCUCGCCGCACCAGUUCCUCCUCCUCCUCCCCCACCUCCAUGCCCACACGACGCGCUCGUACCAGCACAGCUCGCGCCACGCGCCAGCCAACCGCGACAAGGCCCAGUACACCGAGGACGGCAACCCGCACACCGACACCGAAGGGUCCGAGGCGACGACGCUCGCCGACGGGCCCUCGUUCGCCUACUCGCGCCACGAGUUGCUCGCCGACUGGCACUCGUUCUCGCGCAAGGUGAGCCCGCUCGACGUCACCUGGCACGCAAAGGACUCGAUCGACGCAAACUGUGCGUCCCCCUCACUCCCCGUUCUCUCGGUUCCCUUGUGCGCGCGCACGGGCCUCGUCGUCAAGGUCGAGGGCGACGUCGUCAGGUUCCUGUCGGACCUGAGCUCGACCGAGGUGAGCGUGUUCGCCAAGGACGUGCGCGAGGCGGCCGAGGUCGGCGCCGGCGUGAACGUCAUCGCCGGCUACGAGUUGCACGACCUCGUCCAGCUCGACCCGCAGACGGCCGGCGUCAUCAUCAAGAUGGAGCGCGACCAGUUCCGCAUCCUCGACCAGACGGGCACGGUGCGCGCCCUGCGCCCGAGCCAGAUCAGCCAGAAGAUCGUCGACAAGUUCGCCGUCGCGACGGACAAGGACGGGUUCGACAUCAAGCUCGGCGAGACGAUGAAGGAGUCGCGGCCCGUGCGUCCUCGUCUCCCUCUCCCUCUCUUUCCCUCUCCUCUCCUCGCUCUUCUUCCCUCCCUCUUUGCUCUCGACCGACACUGACAAUCACGUCCGUCGGGCAAAAACGGCCCUCGUGGAGCGUCGGGGCAAUGGUCCUGCAACGUGUACCGCUCGCUGUUCGUCUUCCUC